AUGACGACUAGCGACAAAGCGGCAAACUUACCUAUCCUCUGUGUUGCACAAAUAGUUUAUGAAUUGUCUGAGAGCAGCAGAGACCUUUACUCCUGUCUCUUUGUUAAUCGCAUUUGGUGCCGAUGCGCUAUUGUUUAUUUAUGGAAGACACCUUUCUAUUGGAGUGGAUCCAAAUCAAAGAGAAUGCUCGGCAAAUUCUUGGCACUGCUACCGAAAAAAACUCUCGAUGAGUUGACAGGUUCACUAGGAGUCGACAUACCACCGCAAAAUAUGCAUCCAUUUUUCGACUAUUUGAGCUUUGUCAGAACAAUGAAAAUGCAAUACUGCUUGACCGCAGUAGUACGUUAUCUCGGUAAAACGGAACUAGAGGAAUGUGGACAUUUGCUGCUUCUAAGACUAUGCAGAGAGAUAGUCAAACACUGCCCGUCGCUAUCAGAAAUAGAUAUGACCCAGCUCGAUUAUGACGAAGAAUAUGACGAAGCGAGCGACACUACUUAUGAUAUAAGCUAUUCUCUCCAUGAAUGGCCUCAUGAAAUCUGGAACAUUUUCACUACGGAACGCACAAAUUUUAAUCAAUUAAGGCGAUUUGAAUUUGGGCAAAUGUUUCGCCCGGACAUUUUAAAUAGCGCCGCAGAAAAACUAAAAAAGCUUGAUUUUUUCAAAAUCGAUGGGUCAGAUUGUACCACAUUGGCAGAUGCUAAUCGUUGGUGUGACGCAAUCAGUAAACUUAUAUGCCAGCAAGAAAAAUUAGAAGCUGUAUCGCUAUCUCUUGAUUUUCAAAGUCAUGGAAUCAGUUCAAAACCAGUCUGGCAAGCUUUAUAUGCCCAAAAGAACUAUCUCAAAAAAGUCAAAAUUACAUGUCUGUCAUCAUUUGACAUACUUGCUCUCCUUGGUCAUUUUACAAAUCUUUGUUAUAUCAAGCUAAAGUGUUGUAGUUUAUAUCCACCAUAUCCUUUGCAGCUACCAUCAAACGCAUUCUCUCACCUUCAUACUCUUAAAUUAUGUGAUGUAAAAAUUAAUCGUUAUGGAUUUAAUGCUAUAUUAGGAAAUUUGAAGGAAAGUUUAACAACACUGUCUAUAAGACAAGUAUGUGACAUGGACCAGAAAUAUUAUGCUGAAACAUGGAAAGCUUGUGCAAUGAAUACACCCAAACUUGUCAGUCUGGAAGUUGAUGUAUAUCUACAGAAUUCUAUUACAUUUAUGCAAACUGUUCUUCCAUUAUGGAGACACUUGAAAGACUUGUCUGUCUUUAUUUGCAAAAUUCAUUCUUCUCACCAAGAUGAUGAAAUACCAGUAAGAAUAUUGUUGGCACUUGGUAUUAAUCUACCACUAUCAGUAAAAUGUCUCAAAGUGGGAAUUAAUUAUCAACUGUCUUUGGAAAUUUUGACCACGUUUUUAUCUAACUAUACAGAAAAUCUUGAAUUUUUCACUCUUAGCAUUAAUUUGUAUGAUAAUACUUACAUUGAUUCAUUACUAGAAUAUACAAAAAUUGAUUUAAGAGAUAUUAGUUUCAAUGACAAAUUGAGUUUUUUUAUUGAGAUAAAAAAUUGUUUUCAAGAUUUAAAAAUUUCUUAA